GCCAGGAAACGUCAAGUGCCGGAGCGAAGUAUAAACAAAAAAGUGCUCGUGGGGGAAAAAUGCGGGAUUUGGUGUGAAAAUCCGUGGCCGGGAGUGCAGAAAUCAGUUGUGAUGUCUUGGGGCGGGACGAUGAGACGAAUCUCUGACAGAAACUGCAUCUGUGUGUGCCUCCUGAUUGUGAUAAUUUACUGUAUCUGGCCGGGCAGAUACGCCACGCACUACGUCUCCCUGCCGAUGGAUCAAAUGGAAGUGGAACUUGUGGCCAAGACAACCAAGAACAUCACAAAACGUGGCCUAGAAACCUGCAGCUAUGGGGACAUCAUAGCCGGGAACAAAUUCAUGCUGACUGACGAAUAUCUGGGGAAGCUGCACCAUCCGGGCAGCAUUCGAUUAGGUGGUGAGUACUUUCCACCAGAUUGUGCCCCAAAGUACAGUGUAGCGGUGAUUGUGGUGUACAGAGACAGAGAGAGGCAGCUCAGGCAAUUCCUAACCUACAUGCACAACUUCCUGCGCGAACAGAGGCUCCACUACCGGAUUUUCGUGGUGGAGCAAUUCGACAGGAAGCCCUUCAAUCGCGCCAAAUUGUUCAACAUCGGCUCUGUGGCUGCCAUGAAGUUGGGCUUUCCCUGUCUAAUCCUCCAUGAUGUGGAUCUCUUACCCAUGAGCCUGGGUCAGGUGUAUGCCUGCACCCGUCAACCGAGGCACAUGUGUGCCAGCCUUGACCAAUUUCGCUACAAUCUGCCCUAUCUGGGUCUCUUCGGGGGCGCCGUAGCCAUCGAAUCUAAGCCCUUCGUGGAGGUCAAUGGGAUGUCCAAUAUGUUCAAUGGUUGGGGAGGGGAAGAUGAUGACUUCUUCAGGCGCCUCCAGGCCAAAGACAUCCAGAUCUGUCGCUUCGAUCCCGCCUACAGUCGAUACACGAUGCUCAAGCAUGCCAAAGAGAGACCCAACGAGGACAGGCUGGCUUUCCUCAGGACGGGACACUUGCGCUACGACACGGACGGUCUCAAUUCCCUGAUCUACGAGCAGAAGGCAUACAUCCUGCACGAUCUCUUCACACAUCUUCUCGUGAAUACCUGAGAUGAUGAAAUACCACGAAAUCUCCCACGUUAUUUAUUUUAGCACGUAUUUAUUUUAAGGAUUUUCUAGCUCGAUUUGCAGGAAAAUCUCAUGAUAUUUUCAGUGGAAAUAGUGAAAUAGUGAUCUCAUUUUAAUUACUCAAUUUUGAAUCUCAUGAAUCCCCAUUAAAAAAAUCAAAUAUUGAUCAGGAACAAGUUCAAUAUUCAAUGUUUGUGUAAAUAAAUAAAAUUUUCUAUUAUACAUGUUUUUACGAAUUAAAUGUGAAAUAAACA